AUGCCCCUCGUCAACACCAUGUGGAUGAGCAUUGAGAUGGACACUCCUGGCUACCCAUACGGCACUGUCUUCGAGCUCAUGCAGUGCACUUACACCCAGUUCAACCUAAAUCCUCCCCCUUCGCUGAACCAAACCUACUAUCUUCCGUCUAUCAGGUACCUCGUGGAGCAUGAAUUCAUAGAACAGGUCGUCAUCAACUUCUGCGAAGGUGGCCAAUUUGGAUAUCCCCGCUUCACAGUCAAUCUCCUACAGCCAAGCGUCAAGAAUAGGUUCAGUCAGGAUUCAGGCCUCCACAUAAGUGUCCCCGCUGACACAUUGCUACUCGUCAAUUAUCUCUGCCAAUGGGCUCUUGAAGAGAUUGAUAGGAGGGAAAAUGCUUAG